AUGCGGACAGAUGGUGGGCAAAGGCCGCCGGCGCCCAAGUGUCCUCCAUUUCGCCGCUCCACCGUCCAAAGGGAAAUUGCGAUCGAUCGAUAUAUAAACCCCCCUCCCCCACCCUUUAACCCACCCUCGCUUCUCGGAUUAGAGUCGUCAUCUAGCUGGGCAAAGGAAAUAAAAAAGAGUGCAAAUAACACGGUGACAGAUCUUUCUUUACCCAUGGCGUCCACCGAGAAGUCGGCCACCGCCGGCAGAGUAGGAGGAAGAGGGGGGAAGGAGACGCACUUCCGGGGGGUUAGGAAGCGGCCAUGGGGGAGGUACGCGGCGGAGAUACGGGACCCGGGGAAGAAGAGCCGGGUCUGGCUCGGGACCUUCGACACCGCCGAGGAGGCGGCUCGGGCGUACGACGACGCUGCCCGCCAGUUCCGCGGCUCCAAGGCCAAGACCAACUUCCCCCGCCCUGAUUCCUACCCGUACCCCGGCAGCCCCAGGAGCCAGAGCAUCACGGUGGGGUCCUACGGCAGGGAAGCCACCGAACCGCCGCUCAAGAUCCCGCUCCCGCCCCCGCUCGACCUCAAUAUUCAUCACCGUGGCGGCGUCGGCGGCUGCAAGCGGUUUCCCUUCCACCCAUACCCGACCGUCACCGCCACCACAGUGCCGGCGGGAUACCCGCGCCUCCUCUUCGACAUGACGGUCAGAUCGGAAAAAGCGGCUGCGAUCAGUCGCCACCACCUCCUCACUCUGUGUCCGCCCACGAUCCUCGCCGAUCCGCGGGCCGCGAUGGCCUGCAGCGUUGAUAGCGACUCGGACUCCUCCAUCGUGGAUGUCCACCCUAGCCACCGCUCUCCGGCUUCGCACAAGAUGCUCCCCUUCGAUCUCGACCUCAACCUUCCCCCUUCACCCGAGAUCGCGUGAUCCCACCUCCUACCCCGCUACCUUAUCACAUCGACCAUCCCUGUCCGAGCACUUUCUUUCUCAUCUCUCCUUUCCAUCCCAUCCCUUUUACCAGGGCAAGUAAAAUGGUAACACCACCAACGGUGAGAGAAAGAGAAAAUUA